UCAACUCGGAUCACCUUCGCUCUCUUCCGUGCUCACUGAUCCAAGCGGGGAGGAGAAAGGCACAGCUCAGCCCUGGAAGUCCUGUCCUCAGCUUUCCCUCGCUUGUAGCUACUGCUGGUUUGGUGCCCCACCACCAUCCCCCGCCCACCCUCAUUUCGCAGGCUUUGUGCCGCUGCCACUGAUUCCAUCACACUUCCGCCGCUCGCUGCCCAUUUCGACCAGACCCGUAAGAUCAUUGGGCUCGAAUUCUGACAUCUAAUGCCCGGAGCCUCAGACCUCGGACAUGGAUGAGACCGCCCGAGGACUAGAACUGUUCUAUGAGACACGGCACCACGCUUCCCGGCCGUUCACCUCCAGUUACCCUCCUCAGCAGAACAUUCAGGCCAGUGAGAGCUCCAGAGCCAGUUUCCUCUCCUUAAUUUCAGCUAAAGGUGUGAGCCAACUCAGAGAGAAAUGGAGUCAAUACAAGCAACCGAGAAAAUUAAAAAAGAUGUUAUCUCUGUUUGUCUCAUCGAGCGGCGAACAUGUAGCUGUGGCUGCUGGUCACCAGAUAACUAUUCUACAGAGGAGCGAUGACUACUUGGAGCCUUGCGGAAUCUUUACGAAUCGUAGCUUUCGUACAUUUACUGCGGGAGCAUGGUCAGAGAACCACAAUGUGCUUGGAGUUGUCGAUGACAAUGACACGCUCUAUUUUAUCAAAGCAAAUGGGGAGGAGAUUUCAAGAAUUUCAAGGAGCAGUCUUAGAGUUCCUCUACCGGUAGUGGGGCUUAUCGUGCCAGAUGGUUCAGACUCGCAGAGGUUUCCCUUGCCCGGCAUCACUGUUGCCACCGCUGAUGGUUCUCUUCAGCACAUCGAGAUUGGUGAUAUGUGUGCCUCAAUUUCUUCUGUGUGCACGUCAACUUUAAAGAGGCAUUUCCAGAGUAUCGUCUGUCUUGACUACCAUCCUAAACUUUCUGUGCUUGCUGUUGUUGGUAGUCCUACAAGAGACGCAGCUACAUGGAAGGGAAAUUCUGGAUGCUACGGCCUUGCUCUCUGGAAUAGAGCAAGCAAUACAGAUGGGGAUCGUGUAUUUGACUUUCAAUUUGACGGUUCCUAUUCAAAACCAGAAAGUUAUCAAGGUGAAUUGUCAUAUCCGAAGGUGUCAAUUUCUCCAAGGGGAACUUUUGUUGCCACAUUAGAUAUGAAUGGAGACUUGCGCAUCUUUAGGCCAGAGUAUAAUAGCUUGGCUAUUUCAACUGUCUCUUUUGGAGAACUGGAGUCAAGAGAACUUUUAAGUGGCAUAGUGGACUUUACUUGGUGGUCAGACCAAAUUCUCACUCUUGCAAAGCGGAAUGGUAACCUUGCAAUGAUUCAUGCCUCAAGUGGAUUAAAAGUGAAGGACAACAAUCAUGCAUAUCACCUACCUGUUCUCGAAAGAUUCGCAGAGCUUGAAGGACAAGUUUUUCUCGUAGAUACUAAAUCUGGGGAAAGGAUUUAUUCAUCCACUACUGGGGGAAAAAAUGAUUUGCCAUUUAUACUGCAGAACACUGAGUAUUCAUUUGAUCACUUUGAUGUUUCAAGGCUCCACUGGAGCUUGAUGACAUUUUCAGAGAGGUCUCUUCAGGAAAUGUACGACAUAUUAAUUUCUACUAAGAAGUAUCAGGUUGCCCUAGAGUUUGCAGAUGCUCAUGGGCUGGACAGAGAUGAGGUUCUUAAGUCACAGUGGUUGCAUUCUGACCAAGGAUCAAAGGAAAUAAGUAACAUCUUGUCAAUCAUCAAGGAUCGGGCUUUCAUACUUUCGGAAUGCAUUGAGAAAGUUGGAUCAACAGAAGAUGCUGCAAAGGCUUUGCUCGAAUACGGUCUUCUCCUUACAAGUGAAAAUGCCUUUUCCGAUUCAGAUGGUGAAAGUGAUGCCUUCUGGGAUUUUUGCAUUUCUAGGCUUAAGCUUUUGCAGUACAGGGAUCGGUUGGAGACAUAUGUGGGCAUAAACAUGGGCAGGUUUUCUGUGCAGGAAUACAGCAAAUUCCGCGACAUGCCAAUCAACAGAGCUGCGGCAGGACUUGCUGAAACUGGGAAAAUCGGUGCCCUUAACCUCCUUUUCAAGCGUCAUCCUUAUUCAGUUGCUCCCUCAAUGUUGGAAGUUUUAGCUGCCAUUCCUGAAACAGUGCCGGUGCAGACAUAUGUGCAGCUUCUUCCUGGGAGUACUCCUCCUUCCAGCACUGCUGUGAGAGAAGAGGAUUGGGUUGAGUGCAAGAAAAUGGUGAACUUUCUCAACAGAUUGCCCAGUGAUAGUGAAAUUGCAGUUAAGCUUAGAACUGAACCAAUUGUCAAGCAAUCAUUUGGAUAUUAUUGGCCAUCAACUGAUGAACUCUCAAAAUGGUACAAGAAGAGAGCUUUAGAUAUUGAUAGUUUUAGUGGGCAGCUUGAUAACUGCCUCUGUUUGGUUGAGAUUGGUCUGCGUAAAGGUGUUAGUAAGCUGCAGAAUUUACAUGAGGAUAUAACGUAUUUCAACCAGCUUAUAUAUGCAGAUGAUUCUGAUGCACAAUUAAACUUUAGUGUGAGCCUUGUUGCAUGGGUGCAAUUACCCAACUAUGAGAAAUUCAGAAUGAUGCUUAAGGGAGUUGAUGAAGAAACUGCAGUUCAGAGACUAUAUAAUGUGGCAGUCCCGUUUAUGCGGAAAAGAUCAAGUCAGUCAGCCUCAUAUUCCGAAUAUAUGGAUGGCGAGUCAUUUUUGGUCAGAUGGCUGAAGGAGAUUGCAUCAGAAAAUAAGUUAGAGAUAUGCUUGAUGGUCUUUGAUGAAGCAUGCAAAGAUUUUGAAGCGCACUACUUUUUUAGAGAUGAGGCUGAAGUUGUGGACUGUGCCCUGCAAUGUGUAUAUCUGUGCACUAGUAUAGACAGAUGGAGUUCAAUGGCAAAUAUAUUAUCUAAGCUUCCACAAACUCAAGGUAUAAAUGGUCUUGGAAAAAGACUAAAAGUUGCAGAAGGCCACAUUGAAGCAGGAAGGAUCUUGGCUCUUUAUCAGGUGCCUAAGCCUAUAAACUAUUUAGUGGAGGCUCGCGCAGAUGAAAAGGCAGUAAAGCAGAUUUUUCGCCUCAUUCUGUCAAAAUUUAUCCGUCGCCAGCCUGGGCAAUCAGAUAACGACUGGGCAAGCUUGUGGCGUGAUAUGCAAUCCUUGCGGGAAAAGGCUUUUACUUUUCUUGAUAUGGAGUAUAUGCUGAUGGAAUUCUGCAGAGGAUUGCUCAAAGCGGGCAAAUUUUCUCUUGCAAGGAAUUACUUAAAGGGUAUAGGUUCAGCUGCUUUGGCUCCGGAGAAGGCAGAAAAUCUUGUUAUUCAAGCUGCCAGAGAGUAUUUCUUCUCGGCUUCCAGUCUUGCUUCCUCUGAGAUAUGGAAAGCUAAGGAGUGCCUCAACUUGUUUCCAGGCAGCAGUAGCAUAAAAGCUGAGGCCGAUAUAAUUGAUGCGCUCACAGUGAAACUUCCUAGACUUGGAGUAACUCUUCUACCUGUGCAGUUCAGGCAAAUAAAAGAUCCAAUGGAAAUCAUUAAAAUGGCAAUCACAAGUCAACCUGGAGCCUAUCUUUAUGUAGAUGAAUUAAUUGAGGUCUCUAGGCUUCUCGGAUUGAACUCUCAGGAUGAUAUCUCAGCUGUUGAGGAAGCUAUUGCUAGAGAAGCUGCAGUAGCAGGUGAUCUUCAGUUAGCGUUCGAUCUGUGCCUUGUUUUGGUAAAAAAGGGGCAUGGUCUCAUAUGGGACUUGUGUGCUGCAAUAGCCCGAGGCCCUGCCAUUGAUAAUAUGGGCAUAAGUUCUCGAAAGCUCCUUCUAGGUUUCGCUCUGAGCCAUUGUGACGAGGAAUCCAUCGCUGAGUUGCUUCAUGCUUGGAAAGAUUUGGACAUGCAAGGACAAUGUGUGUCUAUGACCGUGUUGACUGGGACUGGUCCUAAUAUUUCAAAUUCCGAUGUGCAUUAUCUCUCAGAAGUGGCUGACUCAGAAAUUUAUCUGAGUACACUGAAAAACACCCUUUCCUCUGUUGCCAGAGAGUUGCCUCCUGACAACUGGAAAUCUCUUCUCAGAGAAAAUGAGAAAAUUACAUCUUUUGCUGCUUGCAAACUGCCAUGGUUGCUGGAAUUAAGUCGGACACCAAAUCAUGGUAAAAUUUCAAAUUUAGGGGCUAUUUCUGGGGGUUGCUUAAGCAUAAAAGGGCAAUCCAUGGUGACUAUUUUAUCUUGGUUGGUGAAAAAUGGUUUUGCUCCUAGAGAUGAUCUGGUUGCGUCUUUGGCCAAAUCAGUUUUAGAGUCUCCUGCAACUGAAGAGGAGGAUAUUUUGGGGUGCUCGUUUUUGUUGAAUCUUGUAGAUGCCUUCAGUGGAGUGCAAGUGAUCGAAGAACAGCUGAGAGUGAGGGAGGAUUACCAAGAAAUAUCGAGCAUCAUGAAUGUUGGAAUGAAAUAUGGGUUAUUGCACAACUCUGGGGUUGAGUGCAGGGAUUCCACUCGUAGGAGGGAGCUGAUACUUAAGCUUUUCAAAGAGAAGCACAUGCCACUCAACUCUGAUGCAAUGGAGCAAUUUGGGAAGGUGCAAUCAACAUUUUGGAGAGAGUGGAAACUGAAACUAGAAGGGCAGAAGCAUGUUGCUGAUCAUACGAGAAUAUUGGAGCAAUUAAUUCCAGGGGUUGAGGCUUCACGCUUUUUGUCUGGUGACUUUGACUAUUUUCAUGGCGCUGUUUUCUCCCUAAUUGAUUCGUUGAAGAUGGAGAAGAAGCGGAUUUUAAAGGACUUGUUGAAAGUGGCAAACACUUAUGGUCUAAAUCGGGCUGAGGUGCUGUUACAGUUCCUAAUUUCAGUGCUUGCCUCUGAGUUUUGGACCAAUGAGGAAAUUGCAGCUGAGAUUGCAGAUGUGAAGGGAGAAAUAGUCAGUUUUGGUCUGGAAACCAUCAAAGUUAUUUCCUUCACAGUGUAUCCUGCAAUUGAUGGUUGCAAUAAACGUCGCCUUGCGUUUUUAUACGGCCUUCUUGCUGACUGCUACUCGUCCUUGGAGGAGACGAAUGCUCCGUCCUUUUCAGUGUGUGACCCAGCUUUGUCUACCUUUGGGUUGACAAGUUACUACAAGCUUAUUGAGCGAGAAUGCAUGAAAAUAUCUUUUGUUGAGAAUCUUAAUUUCAAAAAUAUCGCGGGAUUAGAUGGGCUGAAUUUGGAUGGUUUCUGCGGUGAAGUCUUCAGAAACCUCGAUGAGUAUUGCUUAGAAGCCUUGGCAAGAAUGGUGAAUGAACUAGUCAGUAUUUAUAGAGCAGCUGAUCCAUUGCCUAAUGGUCUUAUAUCGGGAAGGCAUGUUUACAAGCAGUACAUUCUUAGUUUGCUGUCUUCAUUGGAAGUAAAAUUUAGGGCUAACUUUGAUGCUGUAAGGCCUGAAACAUUCCAGAGUUUAGUCGGCCUACUUGAGGAGACAUAUGAUCGUUGCAUAACUUACAUCAAACUGCUGGCACCUUCAGAUAUUUCUGAGUUGAUGAAACGAUUCGUCACAGUGAGCUUACCGAGCUCUGGUUCUGACAAGAUCGUAACUGAUGACUCAGCUUGGCAGGAUUGCCUUAUUGUCCUUCUAAAUUUCUACCUGAGAUUGACCGAAGAAAUGCAGCAGAUGUCAUCCCAUGAGGGUUCCGAAGAUAUUUUCGAAUUCAAUCCUCAAUGUCAAACGAGUUUCUUAAAGAGCUUAAUGAGACUGGUAAUGGAGGAUAGUGUGUCACCAAAUCAAGCUUGGGGCACGAUUGUGGAUUACAUGAAUGUGGGCUUUGUAGGUGAUUUAGCUGUUGAAUUACCAAUAUUUUGCAGAGCACUGAUAUUUUCUGGUUGUGGAUUUGGUGUUAUUUCGGAAGUUUUCGCUGAAGCAAUACCUCAGAGUUCCAAUAGUCUGGCUGAUGGGGAAACACAGGAUCUUCCUAAUCUGUUUCUCCAUAUUUUGGAAUCCAUUCUUCAGGAACUGUCCAGUGAAUUCCACGCACUGGAGAAUCUGUGUCAGCUAUUGUCAUCUUUGAGCAGAAUGGAAGGGGAUUCAAAGAACCUCAGAAAGGUCAGGGAAGCAGUUUGGGGCAAAAUGGCUGAUUUCUCAAAUGGUUCCCAGUUACCAGGGCAGCUUCGUGUUUAUGUUCUCGAGCUCAUGCAGCUGACCUCAGGUAGACAUAUUACGGGCUCCUCUGUUGCGCUCCAAUUUAAGGUCCAACCAUGGGAAGGGUGGGAUGAGUCUCAUUAUUUGGGUGAAAGAGGCAUGACUGCCAAGGAUUCAGAUUAUCCCGAUUCUUCCAACAGGCUUACGAGUACAUUGGUCGCCCUUCGAACGACUCGCAUUGUGACCCCCAUCUCCCCCAGCUUGGAAGUAACUUCCGAGGAUCUUUCGGACGUCUCAACAGCGGUAAGCUGCUUUGUGAAACUUUGCAAAGAGGCCAAUACAGAGUCCCACUUGGAUGCGUUGGUGGCUGUUUUGGGUGAGUGGGAAGGGCUUUUCGUACUGAACAGAGAGAAGAAAUCUUCUUUGGAAGUUUCUGCUGAAGGAGGGGAUGACUGGGGCAAUGACGAUUGGGAUGAGGGGUGGGAAAGCUUUCAGGAAGUAGAACCGCUAGAUGAUAAAGAGACGAAAGGGGAAUCUCCUUCCCUUCAUCCUUUGCACGAAUGUUGGACUGAGCUACUGAGAAAAUAUAUAUGUCUACCCUGCUUUGGGAAAGCCAUACAACUCUUGGACCAAUAUUUGGCAAAGACAAAUGGAACAUUAGUUGAUGAAGAUGGUGCGCGGAGCUUGAGCAGGACAGUAAUGGAGAUGGACUGUUUCAGGGGAUUCAAGAUGGUUUUGUUGCUUCCUUAUGCGGAGUUGCAAUUACAUUGCUUGGAGGCACUUGAAGAAAAGCUGAAGCAAGAAGGGAUAGCAGAGAGUAUAGGCAAGGAUCUCGAAUUCCUAGUGCUUGUGUUAUCAUGUGGCAUUUCUUCAGCUAUCAUUUCCAAGUCCCAGUUCGAUGCUACUUUCUUGUACCUCUGCUACUUGGUGGGACACUUCGCUCGUCAAUCCCAAGAAAACCAGCUAUCCACCUCACAUAUUGAUGAGCCACACGCCGAGUUUCUUCUCUUUGGAAGAAUUCUCCUCCCUGCUUUCAUAUGCGAGCUCGUGAAGGCAGAUCAGCUGGUUCUAGCUGGGCUUCUGAUUACGAAGUACAUGCACACGAAUCCUUCUCUCAGUGUCAUCAACAUCGCAGAAGCAAGUCUUCGGAGAUUUCUGGAGGGUCAGCUCUACUCACUGGAACAAGAUGAAGAGGUUGCACUUGAGAGGAUACGUUCGAGUCAUACGUUAGAGAGUACCAUUUCGAGCGUACAAGGUAAGCUGGGAGAUCUGAUCCGUGAGGCAUUGCCUUUGCUGUCUUCCAACGCUCGAUAAGAAACAUCUGGGGUUUUAAGCAUGUGCGAAUGGAAUGUUUGUGCCUGUCUGCAGUUAGGAAAACGAAAGAAACGUUUUGUUUCUCUUUCCCUUUUUUCUUUGUAUAAUAUGUUGCUGUACGGUUUUCGCAUUUCCGAUGAAUUUCCAAGUUUUGUGGAAGAGGAUGAUAACCCCAGAGAAGGGGAGGGGGAAGGAAACAUUCUUUUAACAGAGGUAUACAUGAGAGCUUGUCUCAGUUGGAUCGCU